AGUGUUCCAGGUAGCACCGGACCCCCCGCCGCCACCAAGCCGCUGAUCGGAUCAACUUCGCCGGAAGCAGGAAACAACAGGGCCACCAGCGAGAACCUGAACAACAACAGUACCAGCAGAAGCAUCAGCAGCAGCAUGGCGGUGGUGCGCAAGAAACAGGACGACAAGUACCUGCUCGCCCUUCGGGAGCUGGUGACGAGCGGGGCGGGAAACCGGCAGUGCUUCGACUGUGGCCAGAAGGGUCCUACCUACGUGAACAUGACGAUCGGUUCCUUUGUCUGUACCCGAUGCUCGGGUGUGCUACGGGGACUGACGCCGCCACAUCGUGUGAAAUCCAUAUCGAUGGCCACCUUCACACAAGAGGAGAUCGACUUCCUGCGCUCGCACGGCAACGAGCUGUGCGCCAAGACCUGGCUGGGCUUGUGGGACCCCAAGCGGGCCGCCCACCAGCAGCAGCAGGACCAGCGGGAGCUAAUGACCGACAAGUAUGAGCGGAAGCGUUACUACCUAGAGCCAGCCAGUCCGUUGAAGUCGCUCAAUCUGAAGGCUGCUGCUCCCGUGAACCUGCAGAGUCACAGCCACAAUGGCCACCAUCACAAUGGAGUGAGUGUCUCGACGCUGUCGAGCAAUGGAUAUGCCAGCAUUCACCUGACGCCGCCUGCCGCCCAGCGCACCACAGCCAAUGGCCUGCACAAGGGCACACCCGUCUCCAGCUCCUCAGCCACGUCCACGAGCAUCAGCAGGCCGCAGCAUCACCAUCACAGCAACAACAACCAUGACGCUUUUGGGCUGAACGGAGUAGGACUUACCAGCCUCAACAGCGCCGGAUCCACGUCCACGGGCGCCCUCUCGGACACUAGCAGCUGCGCCAGCAACGGGUUUGCCGGUGAAACUGACUUUGUGGCGGACUUUGGCACGGCCAAUAUCUUUGAUGCGACUUCGGCAAGAUCCACAGGCUCACCGGCCGUCUCCUCGGCCUCAUCGGUGAGCUCCACGAAUGGAUAUGCCAAGGUACAGCCCAUUCGAGCGGCCCACCUACACCAGCAGCAGCAGCAGCAGCAGCAACAGCAGCUACUGAAUGGCAGCCAGGGAGCGGAGAACUUUGCGGACUUUGAUCAUGCGCCCAUCUUCAAUGGCGUGGCUCCCAGGGCGGUGAAGGCGCUGCCGCCAGUGUUCAACGGUUGGGUGAGUGACUGGAGCAGGCACAACUUCCACGAUCCCUUCGACGAUAGAAAUUGGCUGCCGCCAAAGCCACAAACUACUCCUGCAGCAGCAGCAUCCAGGGUGAACGAAGAGCCCGCGCUGAACUGGAGCUUCUGGCAGGAGCAGAUGCACAUGGAGCCAGAGCCAGAGAUGGAAUACUCCAUGAUCCAACGCACAAACUCUACCAACUCCUGGUACUCGAGCGGCGAAGAGCCACCACUGUCGCCGACAAAUCCCUUUCUGUCUGCAGAGCCUCCGCUGCCUCCGCCAAGCCGUGCCUCCUACUUGUUGUUCAGCUCCCUGUCGAGCAGUUUUCCCGAGGAGGAGGAGUACGAGUAUCAAGCGGAAGAGGCAGCAGCACAGCCACAAGCGGAACAGCAAAACCAAGAACCAAAUCCAACUUCAAGUUCAAGUCAAGAUUCCGACAUAUUGAAUGCCAAUUUCAGUGAUUUCUUUACGUGGAGCGCUCCGCUGCAGAAUGGCCACACGCCACCCGCAGGCCAUAGUGCAUCGGCUGUGGCGCCCAGCGAGGACCGCUAUGCGGCACUCAAGGACCUCGAUGAGCAGCUGCGCGAAUUGAAGGCCAGUGAGUCGUCCGCCUCGGAGGCACCAACGCCCACCAAUGGCAACAACAACAACAACAACAACAAUGGCCACCAGGCGACGGACGCCUUUGGCAGCGCUCUUAUCAACAACAAUCCGAAUCCUUUCAAGAGCCAGCAGCAGCAGCAGAUGCUAAGCAAUCACGUGGUGAAUCCAUUCCAGCAGCAGCAACAGCAGCAGCAGCAGCAGCAGCAGCAGCAGAAUCUCUAUGGCCAGUUGACGCUCAUACCAAAUGCAUACGGCAGCAGUCCCCAACAGCAGCAGCAGCAGACAAACUUCUUUAACUUUAAUAACAAUGGCUAUGCCAUGGGCCAGGGUCUGCCCAAUGGCUGCGGCUUUGGCAGCAUGCAGCCAGCACCAGUUAUGGCCAACAAUCCUUUUGCAGCAAGCGGCGCCAUGAACACCAAUAAUCCAUUUUUAUGAGACUCAAGCCAGAAGCAACACUCGCCACUCGACGCCACUUGGCUGAGACGCUGACAGCCAGCCAGAACAAAGCGGGGGACUCCAGAAGGAACAACUGCGCUGCGAGUGAACCGAACCGAAAUUAGUCCAUUUUACGAACAAUAGCAUUAAUCUACUAUAUACGAGUACGAGUACGAUGCAUAAAAAACACACUCUAACGGCUGGUGUACAUAGGUGAAAAUGUGUACGCGCCUCCAGAGCGGGAUGAUAUAUACAUAUAUAUAUAUUCUUUUAUAUGAUAAAAAUCUAGAACAUGUACUAAUACUAGUGAGAGGCAAAGUACUCUCUCUCAGCCUCUCUUCUCUGUCUCUCUGUCUCUGGCGAUUUCAAUGUCACCUGUCACCUGUCCCCUCUAGCACUUUCGUUGCGGAUAAGAAACUCUGUCAGUUAUUGAUUGUGUGGCCUUAAUAAGAUUAUAAAACUAUAAAUUAUACGGAUAGAGAUACCAUAAACAGAUACUACCCCAGAUAUAUAUACAUAUAUGCUUUUGUACCUAAUGAAUUUGCUUCUUAUUUCUGUACCCUGACUCUCUGCUCGCUUACCUUUUCCGUAAGUCAGCCGCAGCUGCACGUACGUGCAGAUUGCUCAAUAAAAAGUUUAACUUUGUUACACCACCAACAGACGUUAGUACGUGCGUACAAACGGUCUGUCUGUGUCGUGUGAGUGGAGUAUUUAUAAUUGUAAGCCCCAAAUGUAAUACCGCCCCAUACGGAACCCCCAACCGACCCCUCAUCCAUGAAUCACGUUCACAUGCUCACUCUGCACAUGCCCAUGCCCAUGUCCAGAUAAGAAGCAAAGAAUUUUUUCCAUUUUUAGCCUUACAAACAGAAACAUUAUCGAAGCCUUAAAGUUAUUUAAACUACGAAAUUUCAAUAAAAACAAAUAAGAACGCUAUGUGCAUAA